AUGAUUAGGGCGCCAGCCCUGCAGACUCCAUCUCCAUUCCGCCUAUCCCGCCGCCAGCAAUCGACGCGCCGUAGCGCCGGUCCGCAGUUCGCCAACUCCCCUCGGUUUUUGAUCUCACAGAGUACAUCACAGCGGAAUAAUGAAAUCGACAUCGACGACGAUGAUGGCCUCAUCUCGACCGCCCCGGCUGGCACGCACACCCCAGCCCCAUCCCGGAAUGCCCUCCGACCUCGUUGGCAAAGGGACGUGAUCGAGGAUUCAGAUGAUGGCGAGCCUUUCAGAGACAUUGGACCUAGAGACGCCGAGGGAACGGAAUUAGUAGACGAUGUCAUCGACAGCUCUCUACCAACACAGGCGAGCCCCGGCGACCUGGGCACCGAUUUCGACGCGGUGUUUGCACCCGUGCGAGACAAUCACAAGCGGCGACGACUCUCCGGAGGGCAUCAGUCUCUGGAUGAUAAAUUGAACCACGAUAGCGUGAUACCAUCGGCAUCAUCUGAGCCUCAGUAUGCCACUCCCGAUCCUCUGAGGACGCCCGCUCCUCGUGUCGCGCCGAGGCCGGUAGGUCUGGACAAUGAUACACAUGCAAUACCAGGCAUGCUAGCUCCACCAACGGGCCCGGUACUAUCAACGCCUGGGACUAUGACGACACCUUUUCGCAGCAAACCUCGCUUCAUGCUCUCAACCAAAAAGCCCCUUUCCAAUCCGGCUCCCUUCAGAGCUGAGACGCCGUUCGCAACACAGCCGACUUCACCACCCGAGAGACGAAAGCCGGCUUUUGUCCUUCCUCGUGAACCGUCACCAGACGCGGCUGCCGAAGAUAUUCCGGCACCAUUCUCUCCUUCUUCGCGUUCUCUUCGCCGUCGCGGUCGAGGUCGCACAGGAGAGCCGGGCUACACGCCUGGCGGAAUGGCAGCCGAGGUGCGAAGUUGGAUCCUUGAGAUGGGAUCAAAGCAUGAAGGCAUAGGCCAAAGUAGGUCUUCUGAAGCAACAAGUGCUUCGAGCAAGUACCUUGUGACUGCUCGUGUUGUCCAUGUUAGCCAGGGAACACUGAGCAACUCUGGCCCAUUGACGCUCAUCCAGGCUGAAAAUAUGAAGCCAUCCAAAGAAUUGGAACAAGAGGGCGAGUUUUUUAAUAUUAUGGCGAUGGGACUGCCUCGCUCUCGACCCCACACAAGUGAUGGCUCGCAUACUGACCAAUCUCAUGUCUCAUCAGUCCAAACAGGCGACUUGGUGGGUAUUCAUCGUGGCUUAACAUGGGAAAUGGAACUGCAUGAUCUCCACGCACUUGGCGUCACUAAAGGCCUUGCCUUUGAGAGCGGUCCCACAUACGAUGCAAACCAGCGCUGGUUAGUUGCUAUGGAAUGGGAUUUACUAUCAGAAGACCCAUGA